CUGUUACCCUUCUGCCACUCGCUGCCUCGUACAGAAAGUCCGUUAGUCGGCGCGAGUCAUAACGUGACGAUGUACACAUGAGCGACACCUCCGUUUGCUUUUGCUCGCAGAAAAAAACAACAAAACACCGCAACGCGGACUGAAGCUCAAAGAGAAGUCUGCCCGUGCUGAAAAGUGGAUUGUUUCACAGCUAUCCGAUUUACAGGGACAGAUAUUUUUUUAACGAAAGAAAAUGGCCUCCGCGGGUCUGGAAAUUUUGGGUUUAGCGUUGUGCGUUAUUGGCACGUUGCUGGAAAUGAUCGCGUGCGGACUGCCGACGUGGAAGGUAACCGCGUUCAUUGAGGCGAACAUCGUGGUGGCGCAGACCAUCUGGGACGGACUGUGGAUGUCCUGCGCGGUGCAGAGCACGGGGCAGAUGCAGUGCAAGAUUCACGAUUCCAUGCUCGCGCUCACCCAUGACCUCCAAGCCGCGCGGGCUCUCACCGUCAUCUCCUCCGUGCUGUGCGUAAUCGGGCUCAUGGUGGCGAUCGCCGGUGCCCAGUGCACCAACUGCAUCCGGACAGAUAGCGUAAAAGCGCGCGUCGUCAACGUGGCUGGGGUGAUCUACAUCGUCAGUGGGGUAUUCGUGCUCGUCCCUCUGUGCUGGAUGGCCAACAACAUCAUUUCGGACUUCUACAACCCGCAGGUGCCCACAGCCAAGAAGCGCGAGAUCGGGGCCGCGCUGUACAUCGGUUGGGCGGCCACGGCGCUUCUUCUCCUGGGAGGAUCGAUGCUGUGCUGCUCCUGUCCGUCCACGGGCGCCACGGGCUACUCCGUAAAUUAUGCUCCCACAAAAAGAGCCACGUCUAACGGGGACUAUGACAAGCGGAAUUACGUGUAAAUGUGUAUUUGGUAACCCUCUUGUAGAUUUUCCAACUAAACGUAAAUGUAAACGACUUACUGUCUUUUUUUACGCAUCACGGACGCUACCGAGUGGCACACCAUGGACUUGUUUCUACUGUUUCAGAAAUGCGCAUUUUGGAAGAUUAAAACAGACAACAGCACCGCUAAUUUUAGGUACCUUGCAUUCAAUCUAAGCCACAAUCAUUCACAUGAUUUAAACUUUAGCUGAGUCGACCAGAGUUGUUUAUCCGAAUGUUUUAUUAUGUUUUUAUUUUUUACUGUAUUAUUAUUCGUUUAAUUGUCUUGGAGGGUUAGCGGUGACGGUGUAGUUAUUAUAUAGGCUAGAUGUAUUCGGGAAUCUGAUUCUGCACAGGGCUAAUUUACAGAUAUUACUUAUUCACGCCGCCAUGGAUGCAGGCGGAGAAGGCAGAGUUUCAUGGCUGCUUUUAAUUUACCAGCAACCGUUCAGCUGCUCGACAUCCAGAUGAAUAGGAGGUGUCGGUAGCACCUGGUCUAUAGUCCAAACCUAGCAGGGAGCAAUUUACCUUUCAGUUUGGAAAUAUUUUUGAUGGACGACUGUUGUCGGUGUCGUAUAUUGCUGAGUCAUCACUUUAUACGAGCCUUUACCGAUACCAAAAGCUGUCUGCAGUAGGCUACGUCUAGUUUGGCUGAAACAUCUAUUUUUGUAACUUUUAAAACGUGUCUGUGUGUUCCGAAUUUUGUUUUGAAUAAACACUGAUGGCGAUGUUA